CUCCAGCAGAGGGCUCUCUUGCGCAUGCGCAGUCAUCAGUGCUGUCACCGCGUCUCGCGCUUCUCUCUGGCUGUGCUGUGUGUGGGUCCUGUAGCUGUGUAGCUGUGUGUUCUUUGGUUGUAGAUGUGGAAUGAUCCAGGAGAGAUGAAGAAUGUUUUUGGGUGGGACGUGUUUGCUCUGAACCUCUGACUGAGCCGGUCCACGAGCUGCGGCGGAUAUCAGGCGCAUCUCUUCAGAGUCUCUAAUGAUGCAGACAGACGACCGCAUGAGGAAGAAACACAGUUUAAACUCCAGAAGCGUAUCGGAGGAAUACUGUCUGCGUGACCGGCCGAAAGAAGACGCCACAAAGAUGAAGAAUAAAGUGUCCACUUCACAAGUGAGCGGCAGGAAGAAGCCGUGGUCCUGGGAUCCGUAUCUGGAGGAUGAGAGAGCCGUCUCUGCACCUCUGCAGCUCUUCAAUGAGUUCCAGACGUUUCCCAGCAGCAGGAAUGGAUUUAAAGUUGGAAUGAGGUUGGAGGGCAUCGAUCCUUUACAUCCGUCCAUGUUCUGUGUGCUGUCUGUGGCUGAGGUGAUUGGUUUUCGUUUGCGGCUUCACAUCGAUGGUUACUCAGAGUGCUAUGACUUGUGGGUGAACUCUGACACUCCCGGCAUCAAACCCGCUGGCUGGUGUGAAUCAACGGGGCAUAAACUUCAUCCACCAAAAGGUUAUAAGUCGAAUGAGUUCAGCUGGGAGAACUAUCUGGAGAGUCAAAACGCUCAAGCGGCACCAAAGAAUCUGUUCAAAACCCAAAGCAGCAUCAGCGGCUCAUCCAGCGGUUUUCAGGUGGGAAUGAAGUUAGAAGCUGUAGACCGGAAGAACCCGUGUCUGGUGUGUGUGGCCACGGUGGCUGAUAUCGUGGACAAUCAGUUUCUGGUUCAUUUUGACAACUGGGACGACACUUACGAUUACUGGUGUGAUGCGAGCAGUCCGUAUAUUCAUCCUGUGGGCUGGUGUCAGGAUCAGGGACGACCUCUAACGGCACCUCAGGGACAUCCUAAUCCAGAGAAUUUCACUUGGGAGGAAUACAUGACCGAGACCUCCACAUGUGCUGCUCCCAGUCAAGCGUUCUCUAUGAGAGCUGCACACGGGUUUCAGGUGCACAUGAAGUUGGAGGCAGUAGACAGAAGGAAUCCCAUGAUGAUCCGUGUGGCGACAGUGACAGACGCCGAACAUUACAGAGUGAAAGUGCAUUUCGACGGCUGGCAUGAGAGGUUUGAUUUCUGGGUGGAUUCAGAUCGGCCUGAUCUUCAUCCUGUGGGCUGGUGUGCCAGGACGGGUCACCCGCUAGAACCUCCACCCACACACGCGGGGGUUAGUGAGCAGAAGAGUUCUGUUGCUCAGGGUGUGUGUCCGACUCCGGGCUGCAAGGGCAUCGGCCACAUCAAAGGAGCAAAAUACACAGGACACCACAGUGCCUUUGGUUGCCCAUACUCAGACAUGAACAUGAGGAAAGAGGUGGUGCUGCCCGAUCGUCUCGGAGGAGAGAAGCAGAUCACCUUCAUCCCUGUGCAGUUUGUACAGAAGACCAAACGUCUGUGUCCAGAUGAGGAGGAGGAAAAUGAUGAAAAGAUUGACAACACUCAUGUGGAGAACAGGGGGAUGUUAGCGGGGUAUGAAGGGACUCCUCGUCUGCGGGGUCGACCCCCGAUUGUGAAGGAAGAGACGUCGACUCAAGCGCUGGGGAAGAGAAGCCGUGUACCCAGCAGAUUUGCCCAGUCAGCGAAGUAUCUGCGUAUCAAAGAUGAAGAAGAUGACAUCGAGGUGGACAGCGUGAUUUCAGGUGAGUCUUUAAAUCUGAUCUCCAGUCAGAUAUUUUCUGCAGACGGAUCAUUUCUAUAGGUCGUCAUUGAGAUGCAGCGCAUCACGUGAGAUUCUCUGGAGUCGGUUUAAAACUCAUCAGGAUUCACAUCAACUUUAGACUUCAUGAUGUGUUAUUGAUGUUGUAGUGUUGA